CCGAGCCACUUUUUAGCAUUUUACAACACGUUAUUACCAGCUACCUACAACAAACACACUGCAAUCACAAAAAUGUCACUAUCAUCUUCCAUAACCUCCGUCCACAUAACCGCCUUAGACGCAAUCACAAACGUAAACUCGCUCUUCACACUCGGAGUUUUCAUCGGCUUAUCCUUCAACCCAAACGAUCCUUCCAACAACCUCAACACAAACCCUUCUUGCACUCCAACAAAAGCCAUCGCCGAAAAUCUCGUCGCAUUUCAUGUCUACUCUUUCAGCUCCUUUCUCUUCUCCAGUCUAAUAGCUCUUGCACUCAAACAAGCGAUCCGUCUUUCACGGACUUCAACUACUGUUGCUCAUACCGCUGUUGCUCAUAUUAACAGAUCUACGCUCCGUGUUGGAAUGUUGGUUUCUGGUAUUGGAUCUGUUUCUGGUUGUGCUUUUCUCAUGCUUGCUUUAGUUAAUGUUGUUCAGAUUAAACUUGGUACUCUUGCUUGUGGUAGUCAACAUGCUUUUGCUGCUGUUGUUCCGCUUUUUAUUUUUGUUCCUAUUGCGCUUCUUGUUUAUGUUACUGUUGUUUUGUAUGCUUUUACUCGCUAGGUUGAAUGAAAUUAUUGUUCAGUUCAAUUCAACUCAACUAGAGUGAUCUGUUUUUUUAGGUUGAAUGAAAUUUAUGUAUCAUGUUGCAAUGUUUAUGGUUACAUUAGAAUUGACGAAUUGACUUAUUUGAGUUUAUCUACUUAUGUAAGUUUUUUGAGAUUCAAUAUUAGGAGUCUCAGAUCAAGUAUAUUAAUCAAAGUGUUCAA